AUGGCAGAAUCGUUUUCACGCGGUGAAAUCGGAAUCACCUAUGUAUUUCAGCAAUCGAAACCAGUCAUACCGGUAGUGGAUACAACGUGCGAUAUGGCUGUAGCUGCGGCUCGUGGAAGUAAAGUUGUUAGGCAGUUCCGAGAAUCGGAGGAGAGGAAGAAGGCUCAAGAGAAGCAUUGGGAACUGGCUGGAAGCAAACUCGGCAAUUUGAUGGGCGUCAAGCAGAAGCCAGAUGAGACUGCUGAAGACGAUGACGAUGCCAAUGAUUAUAAAGGAUCUCAUCAGUUUGCAACGCAUAUCAGUGAGAAAUCGGAAGCUGUGUCAGAUUUUGCUAUGGAAAAAUCGCUGAAGCAACAACGAGAAUAUCUCCCAGUAUUUGCAUGCCGGCAGAAAAUGAUGACUGUUAUCCGAGAAAAUAACGUAGUUAUUGUCAUCGGAGAAACUGGUUCAGGAAAAACAACCCAGCUAGCUCAGUAUCUCUUGGAGGAUGGUUUUGGAGACACAGGCAUUAUUGGAUGUACACAACCUCGUCGAGUCGCUGCCAUGAGUGUGGCGAAGCGUGUUGCUGAUGAGAUGGGUGUUGAGGUAAGCAGUUCAUAGUU